CUGCUGCCACUUCGCCGUUCAGCGCGAAUCCGCUUUAGAAGCUGCUGGAGCCGUUGAAGCCUCCGGCAACUGGCAGUCAGCAGUGCCGCCGCCUAGCGGACCGCCAUCACGUGCGACGGUUGGUUCCGUCCGAUGAUCAGACGUCCGGCGCCCGCCAACGAUUUUGCACUGGUCCUAGUUCUGCUGGCUCGGGCGGUGACACUAACGAUGCAUAGGGGCAAGUGGCGCUACAGCUAAGGCAAAAGCUUUGGAUUUUCGACCGUAGGUUUGUGGUCUUUAGUCUUCAGUGCCCUUCGGAUCUUUUCCCGCUUCACUGGCUUUCACGUUACGCACGACAGUGUGCCUCGGGACAGUAAUUGGCCUUGACUUUUGCUGUGCAGUAAGGGGCGGGCCUGACCAAACCCACUGGUCCAGUAGCAUGCAGAAAUAUAGGUACGGUGCGCCAUUUGACAAACCCGCCAAUUCAGGCCAAUAACAAGUGUAGAGAGGCAAACAUUGGAAAAAAUAUUCGACGUCAACGCAGAGCAGAAGUACAACUACGCUUGCGGUGGCUGGGGAUCCCGAUUUACAGAUCGCGCGCCAGGUACAUUGCGAAACGCGCUGUCCUGUAUAUUCGUGAUUGUGGUCCAAAGUGGAUGAUAAGGUGGAUGAAUGACAAACGCUAAGGAAGCACCUUCACCCCGAUGAGCUGGCGGUUCGUUUAGAAAAGCUUAAACGGAAGAAGAAAGCCGAGCAGACUUUUCGUUUUAAUUCUGAUUUGCGUGAGGUUCCUGUUUCGACAACGAUGCUUUACAGGAUAUAGGCGUUAUUGUCAGUUCCAUCCAUCGGCGCAUACUCAUUUGCAACGCUCGUAAUCGUGAAUUAAUACACGUUGAAUCUAACUGGGUAGCUACUAUUAUUAUAGGAUAACAUUCGGCGAACCGGAACACGCUUCAUCAGGUCUGAUGUUUGAGCAUGUCUGAAUAAACUGAUCAGAGACAGCGAUUUUCAAAUCUGUAUCUUAACAGGUGGCCGACCAAAAUAAGCGAUUAGGUAGUCACCUAAUUGAAUCGAAUGGUACAUAGAGCUAGCUCAUCGGACUUCGAACCGCUGAACAAGCAGCUGCAGAACUGGUAUAUGUAUCGGUUUGCUCAAGAAUAUAAACCUCACUCGAACCUUAGCAAGCGUCGAGUUUGAUUCGAGGCUUGUUGAGAGCGUUUUAGUGUGUAAGUGGUGCAACCCAAGUGUGGAAGAUGUCUCACUGGGUUAACCUUACGUGACAUGGUGAACUUUAUUCAAGGAAGUGACCACUACAAAAAGAUCAUCUCUAUAAGAACAUGUUAGUUACAAAAGAACUCGGCUGUGCUCAAGGGGAGUAGUUUGUCUUGACUAUUCGUACAGGGAAUCCGCGUUCACUCGAAAAGUUCAAACAAUAGCGUGCCUGUAUAAUGUCCUGUGAACGCUUCUAUGAUUAGGAAUUCCCCAUAAUUGGGCAUUGUUUCUUCGUUUUGUUCUGACCUAUUGCCGUCGUUUACCCAGUCCGGACUAAAAAUGUUGACCGCACGUGGAACGUUCACGACGGCUGAUUAUAUGGUAUUAGUAUUAGUUCUGGUGCUUUCAGCGCUUAUUGGUGCCUUUUUCGCCUAUAAAGGACGCAAAAGCACAUGCAACAAGGAGUUCCUCGUAGGAAAUCGCAAGUUACAGGUGUUCCCCGUGACCAUGUCCAUGAUGGCGACAUUUUUAUCGGCCAUCGCGUUCCUGGGCAUCCCUGCUGAAAACUUCGUGUUCGGGUUUCAGUAUAUACUUGUGGCUGGAGGGGCGAUCAUUGGAGUGUUUAUCGCAUCUGAGUUUUUUAUGCCCAUUUUCUAUGAUAUGGACUCGGUGUCAGUGAAUGCGUACCUCGAGCAGCGCUUCAAAUCGCGGCUCCUUAGAAAAAUUGCCUCGAUCCUAUUCAUCAUUCAACAGUGUAUUUAUCUUGGGGUCGUGCUGUACGGACCGUCGCUGACACUCGGCUCAGUAACCGGUCUGCCCGUUUGGAUAUCUGUUAUCAUCAACGGCAUCGUAUGCACACUGUAUACCUCGCUUGGAGGCAUCAAGGCCGUGGUGUGGACAGAUGUAUUGCAAAUGAGCUUGAUGGUGGUUGGCUUUAUGAUGGUGUUCCUACCUGGCGUUCUUAAAAGUGGCGGCUUACGAAAUCUAUUUGACGAGGCUGGCCACUAUGGACUACUUGAUUUUGAUUUCCGGUUAGACUUUCAGAAAACAUUUACUGUAUGGGGUGUACUGCUCGGCUGGACCGUCAUCUGGGCAAUUAAUUAUUCGUGCAGUCAAAGUAUGGUGCAACGAUACUGCUCAGUUCGAUCGGUUGCGCGUUCUCGGGCAUCACUGUACGUCAACCUAGUGGGAGUAUCUGCUGUUUUGGCCAUAGCAUGCAUCUGCGGCUUGGUGCUGUUUAGCGAGUAUAGGACUUGCGACCCAAUCAAGGCGGGGCAAUUGAAUAAAUACGAUGAACUCAUGCCGCAUUUCGUGCUCCGAAGAUUCGCUGCCUACCCAGGACUGGCAGGCUUGUUUGUAUCUGCGGCCUAUUCCGGUUCGCUUAGCACAAUGUCUUCGGGCUACAACUCUUUGGCAGCACUUAUAUGGGAAGAUUUUUUAGUUUCCUGCCUGGGAAAACGGCUUUCCAGUAAAGCCACUAUUCGCCUCACUAAAGGCAUUGCAACGUUCUUUGGUCUGUUCACCAUGCUUAUUGCCUUUAUGGCAUCGCACCUUCGUUCGAUUGUGCAAGCCAGCAUAGCGACAGGCGGAUCGUUCACUGGCGGAGUCGGUGGACUGUUUUUCCUCGGAGUUCUAUUUCCAUGGUGCGGUAAUCGGGCUGCCCUUACAUCGUUGCUCGUGGGAGUUGGUAUUGGUCUCUGGGUCUCUGUGGGAUCUUUACUGAUACCUCGGCCUCCAGUCUACUCGCAAUUCACGUCGGUGAAGGACUGCUUCUCAAACUAUAAUAUCACAAUAUCUGUGCCGAUUACGACUGUGCCAAAGCCUCCACCAAGCAUCUACACAAUAUCAUACAUGUGGAUUCCCGUCAUUAGCUUUGUUGUCACUUUCUUUCUUGGCGUCCUAUUUACAGCUGUACAAGCGCCUUUCUUUGAUGCGCGACCCGUAGGGCUCAAACAUUCCGCGGCCGUGGACCCGCGUCUAGUCAGCCCCGCUCUUCGGGGAUUCUAUAAAAACUGGCUCAAACGAUUAAAAGCUGAACGAAGUCUCAACAGUAAAGUGGACACCAUGAUAUCCUCUAUAUACAGGGUUCACCUAAUAUCAGGGCCCUCAGCUAAUAGUACGCUGUCAGCUACAUCGACACACCAGCGCUGCUCUACAGUGCAGAGUCUACCGUCGAAUCAGCGAUUGGCAAUCGGUAUGCCAACUCAUGUAUCACCUGCAGGUCCCCCCAUUGGAGUUACACCAAACAGCGCCCUUCUGCAAUCCACCGGUGAAAUGCGAGCAGCACAUUCGUUGUACAAUCUCAAUACGUUGAGUUCCAUAAACACACUCGAGUCAACGACGACCGCGACACUUACCCGCUCACUAGCUUCAUCCUCGUCCAACUCGGACAACAAUAAUCACAGUCAUCCUACGAUCGGCAACAACGGUAGCAAUAACAACAGCCAUGGUAGUAACGGUCAUCGUAGAACUAGUGGCAGUGGCCUGUCACAUAACGCUACUGGGAAUGGUCCUGUCGCAGAAAAUGCUGCAGCGACGUCUAGCCGUUCUGCUUUGAACGGCGGGGGUGGAGCUGGGGCUGCUGGUGGCAGCACAGUCGGCGGAGGUUUCCUUGUUCCUGGCGACGACGCGAUCACUGCACGAGCAGAUCCAACCGUAAUUACCUACGUUUGAAACAAACCCCAGACGAUGCUCCAUGUGGAUGGAAUCUAUGCGUGUCUCCACAUAUCUCGUUUUCUAUCAUCCGCUAUCGUUACGAUUAGACGUAAGUAGGUCACGAGAAAGCCAUCAAUGACGACGCUCAACUUCCUACAUGGAACAAAGCCCAUGGAAGCAUUGAUCAAAAUCACCGUCAAAAAGAAGUUCUGCAUUUUGUCCAAAACGGAUUGAUAUUGUAAAUAGAAGAUGUGAACGAUCAUCGAGACAAUUCUAAGUGUUCACACCAAAGAGUCACGCGCUGUUUCUUAUAUAGAUAUAUAUAUAUAUAUAUAUAUAUA